AUGAACGCCCAGAGAAGCUUUGUGUGGUCAGCCUGCACAGUCUACAACAGAGCUCUCCAAAGACAUUUCUCACUCUCUGGCGUGAGAUCGUCAAACUCUAAGCUAUCCAAAGAGCAGAGAGAAAAGAUAGCUGAUGGCCCAAGUCUCAGUGAUUUUGUUUCGGGAGAUGGGCCUGACAAAUGGGAGUGGAAGGAAAAGCUGAAACUAGAGAAGUCAGCGGGAAGACUGAGGUUGCCACCAUGGCUCAGGACGACCAUUGCGUCAGGGGAGAACUACAGCCGACUGAGGAAGGACCUGAGAAAGCUUAAGCUCCAUACGGUCUGUGAAGAAGCUAAGUGUCCUAACAUUGGGGAAUGUUGGGGAGGUGGAGCAGAAAAGACAGCCACGGCCACUAUCAUGUUGCUGGGAGACACAUGUACCCGAGGCUGUAGGUUCUGCUCUGUGAAAACCUCCAGGGCACCUCCACCGCCCGACCCUGAGGAACCUUUGAAUACAGCUACGGCAGUGGCAGCCUGGGGAUUGGAUUAUGUCGUCCUGACAUCUGUUGACAGAGAUGACCUGAAAGAUGGAGGGUCAAAUCACUUUGCACACACAGUACGAGAAAUCAAACGGUUAAAGCCAGAAAUGUUAGUAGAAUGCCUCACGCCUGAUUUCCGAGGUGAUCUGGAAGCUGUAACUCUGGUGGCUAACUCAGGUCUGGAUGUAUAUGCUCACAAUGUGGAAACCGUUGAGGAGCUUCAGAAGUUUGUCCGAGAUCCACGAGCGAACUACCAGCAAUCUCUCGCUGUCCUUAAACAUGUGAAGGACACAAACCCAAGUCUUGUGACGAAAACUUCGCUGAUGUUGGGAUUAGGAGAGACAGAUGAACAGAUAUUGAAAACUAUGGCAGACCUGAGAGCCAUAGGGGUAGACUGUCUUACAUUAGGUCAGUACAUGCAGCCAACUAAACGCCAUCUUAAAGUGAAGGAAUACAUACGCCCAGAAAAGUAUGAGUACUGGGAAGAGGUGGGAAACAAGAUGGGCUUUGCUUACACGGCCAGUGGACCUUUGGUACGCUCAUCUUACAAGGCUGGGGAAUUUUUCAUUAAAAACUUACUGAAGAAAAGACGGGAGACUUAACAUGAUACUCCAUAAAACUCAGCAAUGUUUUACAGAUUACAUACAUAUAUAGGAUAGUACCAUAACUGAAACUAUCUCGAAUCUUUCUCAAGAAUUUUCCUCUGGAACUGUUUAUCUUUGGCUAAAGGACAUUUGUUUCUGAGGAUGAAACAGAAAUUUUUCAGAAAGGGGACGUUUAUUCACGUGUUUCCAAAUGGAAAGAGUGUCAUAGCUCGAGGCACACGUCACUCCGGUCUUGAUAAUCUGUACUAAGGAUUUUCGUUAUUUGUUGUUACAUAGAUUAGCUCGGACUAUUCCAGAACUCAAAAUGUGUAAAUCUGGGUGCACUUUGUUGCAUUAAACUCGUUAUUGUACA